AGUUUUUUCUUAAAUUCUUUGCUAAUCUUCUCUCUUCCUCACCAAAAAAAUAAGCUUCUUUAGUCCUCCUUCAGUGUGUCCACUUCUUCCGUUUGUUGGUGAUGAAUAAAAAGUUCCUUUUUUUCCAAGUCAAACAUGCAGAUACACAAAUAAUAACACAAAAAAGGAAUCCCUCAAACCUAGAGUUUGCUUAAACAAUUCUCUACACAAUAGAAGCAAGAAGUGCAAAAAUCGCAGAACAAAGGAGCUUUUUUUCUGCCUUCUUUAUUUUCGCUUCUUUUUUUCUCUCGGUGUAAAAUUGGAGAAAAAUUCUUACGCAUUUUCAUUCUUGAAUUCCUUCUUCUGUAUUCAUAGCUUGUUUUUUGAGGCACAGUUUUCUUUUCAAUAGUACUCCAAAACUCAUUUCACAAAAUUCCCUCUUACUUCUUUGCUUUCUUUAGCACAUAGCAUAAAGUGCUUCUUUGGAUGUUCUUGUGUACAAAUACACUUGAGUUAUUUACAGAACAUUUGGAGAAUCCAUAGAGAAAAGAAGAGAGAUAUAAAUAGCUUUCAUGAAUUUUGGGAUUUUACUCGAUAACAGUACUGGUGAUGGUGGUGGUGCAACAAGAAUCGUUACCAAUAGCAACAAUAUCAACAUGAUGUCAAUGACUAGUACAAUUUCUCAUCAGUCACUUGCCAAGUCCAUGUUCAAGUCUCCUGGACUCUCUCUUGCACUUCAAACAGGAAUGGAAGGCCAGGGUGAAAUUGCAAGGAUGCCUGAUCGAGAGAACUAUGAGGCUAAUAAUAAUAAUAGUGUUGGUAGAAGAAGCAGAGAGGAAUUAGAGCAAGAAAUUAGCAGAUCUGGAAGUGACAAUUUGGAGAGUAUUUCUGGGGAUGAUGAAGAUGUUGCUGACAAACCGCCAAGAAAAAAGAAAAGAUACCACCGACACACUCCUCAACAAAUUCAAGAACUUGAAGCGCUCUUCAAGGAGUGUCCUCAUCCUGAUGAGAAACAAAGGUUGGAAUUGAGUAAAAGACUUUGCUUAGAGACGAGGCAAGUUAAGUUUUGGUUCCAAAAUCGUAGAACACAAAUGAAGACUCAACUCGGACGCCACGAAAAUUCGUAUUUACAACAAGAGAAUGAUAAACUUCGAGCUGAAAACAUGUCUAUAAAAGAGGCUUUAAGGAACCCAAUUUGCACAAAUUGUGGUGGUCCAGCAAUAAUUGGUGAAUUAUCUUUGGAAGAGCAACAUCUUCGGAUUGAAAAUUCGAGGUUGAAAGACGAACUCGAUCGAGUUUGUGCACUUGCUGGCAAAUUUUUAGGCCGGCCCAUUUCAUCUUUUCCAGCAAGUGCACAAACUCCUGAUUUCGGUGUAGGGAUUUCAAAUUCUGUGUCAGUUUUGCCUCAUACGAGACAAACAACCGGCUUUGAAAUGUCAUUUGAAGGAUCUAUGUAUUUGGAACUUGCUUUGGCUGCUAUGGAUGAAUUAGUAAAAAUGGCACAAAGUGAUGAUCCUCUAUGGGUAAGGAGCAGGCAAGGUGGCGGAGAAGCAUUGAAUCAUGAGGAGUACAUGAGGACAUUUGGUACUUGUAUUGGUUUGAAACCAAAGAAAUUUGUUUCUGAGGCUUCUAGGCAGACUGGCAUGGUAAUCAUCAACAGUUUGGCUCUUGUUGAGACAUUAAUGGACUCGAACAAAUGGGCAGAAAUGUUUCCUUGUUUGAUUGCCAGAACAUCAACUAUAGAUGUGAUAUCAAGUGGUGUUGGGGGAACCAGAAAUGGUGCGCUUCAGCUGAUGCAUUCUGAACUCCAAGUGCUUUCACCAUUAGUACCAAUCAGAGAGGUCAAUUUUCUCAGGUUUUGCAAACAGCAUGCUGAAGGGGUUUGGGCUGUUGUUGAUAUUUCCAUCGAUACCGUAAGAGAAACUUCUGGUAUAGCGACAUUUCCAAAUUGCAGGAGGCUACCUUCUGGCUGUGUAGUGCAAGAUAUGCCCAAUGGCUAUAGUAAAGUUACAUGGGUAGAACAUGCAGAAUACGACGAGAGUGUGGUUCAUCAACUCUACCGUCCAUUGAUCAGUGCCGGCAUGGGGUUUGGUGCACAAAAAUGGGUUGCGACACUCCAACGCCAGUGUGAAUGCCUUGCAAUCCUCAUGUCAUCUGCUGUGCCAUCGAGGGAUCACACAGCAUUAACUCCAAGUGGAAGGAGGAGCAUGUUGAAGUUAGCACAACGUAUGACCAACAACUUUUGUGCUGGUGUUUGUGCUUCCUCCAUACACAAGUGGAACAAACUUUGUGUAGGAAAUGUGGACGAGGAUGUUCGAGUUAUGACCCGAAAGAGUGUUGAUGAUCCCGGUGAGCCACCGGGGAUUGUAUUAAGCGUGGCAACGUCUGUUAGGUUGCUUGUUUCCACACAAAGACUCUUCGAUUUUCUUCGUGAUGAACGGUUGAGGAGCGAGUGGGAUAUUCUUUCAAAUGGCGGUCCUGUUCAAGAAAUGGCACAUAUUGCUAAAGGCCAAGAUCAUGGCAACUGCGUCUCCCUACUCCGUGCUAGUGCUUCCAACGAGAGCCAAAGCAGCAUGUUAAUUCUUCAAGAGACUUCCACAGACGCAUCAGGGUCGCUUGUGGUAUAUGCGCCAGUUGACAUACCUGCAAUGCACUUGGUGAUGAACGGUGGAGAUUCAUCUUACGUGGCACUGCUCCCUUCAGGGUUUUCCAUAGUACCAGAUGGGCCCAUGUCUCAUGGACCUAAUAUGAUGAAAAGUCUUCGUGAUGGGCCUAAGGACCCAGACCAGAGAGUAAGUGGGUCCCUCUUGACUAUAGCAUUCCAAAUAUUGGUGAAUAGUCUCCCUACAGCUAAGUUAUCAGUGGAAUCUAUUGAGACAGUCAAUAAUCUCGUCUCCGGCACCGUCCAGAAAAUUAAAGCAGCCCUUCAUUGUGAAAGCUAAAUUACUGUACUAUUUUUGCUUUUUGACCUUUUAAAUAAUUUUGAGUAAUCGCCAUUUUCUUAAAUGUAUAGAGGGGAUAGGCCCAGAAUCAAUAAAAUUAGGGACCUGAGUUAAGAACGAACCGCAAAUAAAAAAUUGCAAAGGGGUAGGGGUCGGACUUGGUAACUCGGGUUCUCAACACAA